AUGGAGGCUAUCAAGAAGAAGAUGCUGGCAAUGAAGCUUGACAAGGAGAAUGCCAUUGAUCUCGCCGAUCAACUGGAGGAACAGCUUAAGGAGAAGGAGACGGAAAUGUCAAAGAAGGAGGAGGAAAUGGGUGAUGUGGUGAAGCGCUACCAGAGUCUGGAAGCAGAAAAAGAAGCCGCUGAGACCCAGUUAGCAGAAACAAACCAAAAGCUUGAGGACACAGAAAAGCGAGCACAGGAGGCCGAAGCGGAAGUAGCUGCUCUUCAGCGUCGCAUACGUCUCCUCGAAGACGACCUCGAAAGCACAGACACUCGCUUAACUGACGCUACUGCCAAGCUCGAGGAAGCCAGCAAGGCUGCUGAUGAGAGCGAACGUGGCUGCAAAGUUCUCGAAAACCGUACCGUUGCCGAUGAGGAGCGUAUCGCUUCUCUUGAAGAGCAACUGAAGGAGUUCACGUUUAUGGCCGAAGAUGCCGAUAGGAAAUACGAUGAGGCAACUCAGAAGCUCGCAACCGCCGAAGAGUCACUUGCCAAUGCAGAAAAGCGAGUAGAAGAUGCUGAAGAAAAAAUCCUCGAUCUUGAAGACGAACUUCGUAUCGUUGGCAACAACAUGAAAUCUCUUGAAAUUUCCGAGCAGGAGGCUGCUCAACGAGAGGAGGCCUACGAGGAGAACAUCCGUGACCUUACCGAGCGCCUCAAGGCUGCCUCAAAGCAAAAGCAGACCUAUCAGACAACGCUGGAAAAAUUGACAAAGCAGUUGGAAGAGACCGCGCACAAGAUGCCGAACGGCUCGUCCACACUCUUCAGGGUGAUGCUGAUCGUCUCGAGGGCUGAGAAGCGGACGCAACAAGCGGAAUCGGAGAUGACGAGGCGGCAGGAAGAGCUCUCGCGACUUGAGAACGAGCUGGUCGCAGAGAAGGAGCGGUACAAGGCGCUCGCGGAGGAGUUGGAGCAGACGUUUGCGGAACUCACCGGAAAUUAGAGAUGAUAGCACACUCGCCUUUUGUUCCUCACCCACCUUCUCUCGUUCUAUUAGCAACUCUUAUUUCUCCGAUAAUCUACUCAAAGCCCUCCUCAUCCCAAGUCGCCUAUUUCCGUACAGAAGUGGUGAUGCUAGUGUGAAGGUCGACGGGUGGAACCUUAAAUCCACCUUUUUUUGGGCCAUAUAUUUCGUCUCUAUUCGAACUGCCAAUCAGUGUUUUGGUGAACUAGGCCGUAUAUAUAUACAUACAUACAUGACUUAUUAAAGCUGGCGCAUAUAUA